CUAAUUCAGGACUCUCUCUACCUUAGGCCUUCUCCUGCUUCUUUAACCAACAAAGAAAAGAAACGCAACGAAGGAGGAGUUGCGGUAACUGAUCGAGGAGAUGCUUGAAUCAAUUACACGACCAAGGAUGAGGAGCAGUUUGGCUACUCUAGCUUCUAUGCAUGAGGAUGACUUUGCGGAGCUGGUGUGGGAAAAUGGUCAGAUUCUUAUGCGAGGUAUAUCCGGUAGAACUCAAAAGGGUCAUUCAUGCAGUCGUACGACUAGUGCUUCUUCUUUGUACCCUUCCGUUGCUCAGGCAGAAAAUGGAGGAAACAUGCAUACAAAGAGAGCAAGGUUAGAAACCGUGUGUUCGAUUUCGAAUGACUCCACUUUCUCAGGUUUCAUGGGUCACAGGGAUUCUGAUCUCAACUUUACCAAUAACAAUUCUGAUCUUCACUCUUUUCCCGAAUUGUAUCGAUUCAAUUUGGACGGCAGUAAGAGAAAGAGUAAGAGUGAUGAUGAUGAUGAUGAUGAUGAGCAUCCCACAGAUUCCCAGACGGUUCUAGAACAUGACAGACCUAGGAGUCGUCAACUUGACCCAUCAGAUUCGCUCAUGAGAUCACCGAGACUGAAUUCAAGCGAGACCCAAGUGUCAGUGAGUGAACUGCACACAUCGAGCUUGCUGGAUCAGCGUGGUUCACACCCUGAUAAAAAGACUCGGGCAGUGAAUUUCUCCAACUUAAGACCUGCGGCUGUUUUCAAAGCAAAUAGUCAGAGCAGUAAUGUAACAAGGCCGACAUAUGGUACAGUGGUUUCAACAAGAGUUGAUGAUCAGGAGUUUAAAGGUAGCAAAUAUGAGAGCAACACAGUUGAGCCAACGGUGAUUGAACCAGCUACUACUGUUUCAAAAAGUGCCACAGCUCUUCAGAAUCAACCACAAGCAGACCUAAUACCAUCUGUUGGGGAGAUCAAGGAGUCACUCCCUGAAGCUUUUGGCCAUAUGAAUCAUAAAUCUAGCGAUCAACAAGCAAAUACAGAAGCUGGAAAAGUACCCAAUAUCAACAAGUUUGCUGAGCCGGCCGUUGCAUCUUCUUCAGUACGCUCGCUUGGAGCUUCGAAUGACCCAACAUAUUCUUUUAGGAGGACAUAUGAGGACACUGAGUCGUCGGAAUAUCGCAGCGAAGAUUUUACAAGGAACGGUGAAGAGCCUCAGGGUUUGAUAAAACAAGCGUUUGUUCGUGGAGGUACAAGUGCCAAGAGAAGUCGAACUGCCCAAGUUCAUAAUUUGUCUGAAAGGAGACGAAGAGUUAAAAUUAACAAAAAGAUGCGUGCUUUAAAAGAGCUCAUACCUAAUUGCAACAAGGUGGAUAAAGCUUCAAUGCUGGAUGAGGCCAUUGAGUAUUUGAAAACCCUUCAGCUUCAACUACUGAUUAUGUCAAUGGGAAGUGGCCUUUGUAUACCGCCAAUGAUGUUACCUACUACGAUGCAAAAUAUCAUGUGUGCACCACUGCAUUUGACACAUUUCUCUCCCAUGGGUUGCAACCCAGGACAGUUCCCUACCUCAGACCUGCCUGGGAUCACAGGAACCAGAUUUCAAAUGCUUGGAUUUCCCAUGUCAGUUUCACAUCCGCCCUUCGUUCCUUUUGUUGGAAUGCCAUCUACACAAUCAGUUGCGGCGCCCGGCAUCCAUGGAGCUGAGCCGCCCCCCUUACGGAACAUUAAUCAGUACGAUUCCAAUCAGAAAUGAUGAAGAAUAUUGCAAACACAUAAUGCUCAAAGAUCCAAACACCAAUCAAUUCAGGUAGCAUUUUUUUUUUUUCCUUUCCCUUUUAUGUAUGAAAGGGAGGCUGCGGCGCGGCAGGAUAUGCACCCCAACCAGUUGAGGGAAGUGAAUAUGAAGUAUAGAACAGAAUUUCAAAUAAACAUUGAAAUGAUUAGAUUAGUACUCUCUCCCAAGAUCUGCAAAAGGGCAAGUAGCUUGAUUGGUUAAUUGGAAUCCAAUUGGUUAGAUGGCAGUGAUCUUUAACCGAUCACGGCCAUGAUCAUAUGUGUUGUUGCUAUCUCUUACAACAACAAGCGCUAAAUUCAAAGAAAGGAAAUGAAAGCAGAGUUGGUUUUGCUCAUUUCCUGUAAUCUCGUCUUGGUUCUUCUUUUCUUGAGACUGCUUUUAUUUGUGUGUUUUGUCGCUCAACCGUAGCAAAAGCAUGGAAUUUGAGCAUAUAUCUCGAUCUCGCAACCAGCAAUUUGUUAGGAGUAGGUUUUGGCUUUGCCCGGAUUGUUUAACUUCAGCCAGAAGGCUAGCUAUUCUCUUUUGAGACGAAUAGAGCAGCUGCAGCGCAGGAUCCAGAGAUUGGUGGAGUGGUGUUUGUUGGAGAUUGUGAGUUUUACAAAGGGCUGGCAAUUUAAUGCUACGUGUUGAAAGACUAUAUAUAUAUAUAGAUCAACCUUAAUUCAGUUAAUUUA